AUGCUUCCCAGCGCCUCGCGGGAGAGACCCGGCCAUAGAGCAGGAGAAGUGGCGGCCCCUGACUUGCUGGAUCCUAAAUCUGCCGCUCAGAACUCUAAACCGAGGCUCUCGUUCUCCACGAAACCCACCGUGCUUGCUUCCCGGGUGGAGACUGACACGACCAUUAAUGUUAUGAAAUGGAAGACGGUCUCCACGAUUUUCCUGGUGGUCGUCCUCUAUCUGAUCAUCGGAGCCACAGUGUUCAAAGCGUUGGAGCAGCCUCACGAGAUUUCCCAGAGGACCACCAUUGUGAUCCAGAAGCAGACGUUCAUUUCCCAGCACUCCUGUGUCAAUUCGACUGAGCUGGACGAACUCAUCCAGCAAAUAGUGGCAGCAAUAAAUGCAGGGAUUAUACCUUUAGGAAACACCUCCAAUCAAAUCAGUCACUGGGAUUUGGGAAGUUCCUUCUUCUUUGCUGGCACUGUUAUUACAACCAUAGGAUUUGGAAACAUCUCACCACGCACAGAAGGGGGAAAAAUAUUCUGUAUCAUCUAUGCCUUACUGGGAAUUCCCCUCUUUGGUUUUCUGUUGGCUGGAGUUGGAGAUCAACUAGGAACCAUAUUUGGAAAAGGAAUUGCAAAAGUGGAAGAUACAUUUAUUAAGUGGAAUGUUAGUCAAACCAAGAUUCGAAUCAUCUCAACAAUCAUAUUUAUACUGUUUGGCUGUGUACUCUUUGUUGCUCUGCCUGCAAUCAUAUUCAAGCACAUAGAAGGCUGGAGUGCCCUGGACGCCAUUUAUUUUGUGGUUAUCACUUUAACAACGAUUGGCUUUGGCGACUACGUUGCAGGUGGAUCAGAUAUUGAAUAUCUAGACUUCUAUAAGCCUGUCGUAUGGUUUUGGAUCCUUGUAGGGCUUGCUUACUUUGCUGCUGUCCUGAGCAUGAUUGGAGACUGGCUCCGAGUGAUAUCAAAAAAGACAAAAGAAGAGGUGGGAGAGUUCAGAGCCCAUGCUGCUGAGUGGACAGCCAAUGUCACGGCCGAAUUCAAGGAAACCAGGAGGCGGCUGAGCGUGGAGAUUUACGACAAGUUCCAGCGUGCCACCUCCAUAAAGCGGAAGCUGUCCGCAGAACUGGCUGGGAACCACAACCAGGAGCUGACUCCCUGUAGGAGGACCCUGUCAGUGAACCACCUCGCCAGCGAGAGGGAUGUCUUGCCUCCCUUACUGAAAACUGAAAGUAUCUAUUUGAACGGAUUGACGCCACACUGUGCAGGCGAGGAAAUUGCUGUUAUUGAGAACAUUAAGUAG